UGGUUUAGAUGCAUCGCAGAAGUCCGCCACGAGCAGCCGACCAUGAAAGAGCUGUUAUGGCCGGUGGUGUUUCUGUGGUGUGGAGUGUGUGUGAGCGUAGCUGCCGACUGGGAGAGGCCUGGCUGUCAUAAAGUAGGUCACACAAGAAGGAUCAACAUCCCCGAGUGUGUAGAGUUCUCGAUGACGACGAACGCUUGUCGAGGUUUCUGCGAGUCGUGGAGCAUCCCUUCUUCUCUGGAAACUGCACUGGUCAACCCCCAUCAGCCAAUCACAAGCAUCGGUCAAUGUUGCAACAUCAUGGACACUGAGGACGUUGAGGUGACAGUCAUGUGUCUGGAUGGACCUCGAGAUUUGGUGUUUAAAUCUGCGACGAGCUGUUCUUGUUUCCACUGCAAGAAAGACUGAGAUCCCGCUCCAUACGUCUCCUCUCUUCACGUUAUUCAAUUUCUAUCAAACCUGUAAAAACUGAAUUGAAAACAAAUAAAUAAACAAAUUGCUAAUUAAAAAUCAUUCUGUGUCUGAAUACGGGGUUUCUGUAGCGUUGUCAAGAAUUAAAUCGAAUUUUAUUCUACUCAGUGUAAAAUACAACGUACAGUUACAAGUACUUCUAAAAACAAAAUAUUGACUUUUUAUUUUAAAAUAAAACGUGUGCUUACAAAUAUUUAAAAAAAAUUUCAACUUCAUAUUUUGAAGAUAUUUUUGAAUUUUGGCGCAUUUAAGAGCUGCUUGCUUUACAAACGUUCUGCGUACCGAUUAUAAAAGCUAAUUUAAUGUAGAAUAUUUUACCAGUUUCUUGGAAUAAAAUAUUAUUUAUCAAAUAUAUGAAUUUAAAAAAAUUGUGUUAAAUUUUUUUUGCAGAGAAGAUUCAAAAAACAAAUUUUACUAUGAUAAAAAUGUAUACCGUUUUUAAACAACUCGACCUACUUGGAUAGUGUCCAUGGAAUUGUUAUAAAUUACUACACCGUUAAAACUAAGCUCACUAAACGUUGAUUUCACUUUUUUGGCUUUUAUAUUGCUUUUAUUUUUGUACUACUUAAUUAAAAAAAUGUUUUUUGUACAAAUUUUUUGAUUUUACCGAGAUAACAACAUUUAAAAGAAUUAAGAAUUGUCCUACCUCUACUUUAUUACUGUUAAAAAGUAAAUUAACCAUACUACACACAUGAUAUGCUUAAGAUAAGAUUAAAUGUUUUUAUAUUUAUUUUAUAUAUGUAAAUAUUUGUUAAUCAGUGGAAAUAAGGUCCUAUGCUGUUUUCUAUAAGAUGCAUGCUAUAAAGAUAUUUUGUGCUCGAUUACCUACAUAUUAAAACUAUUAUUAUAAUAUUGACGUGAUGAAUUAUUAAGCAUAUCGUAUAUACAUCCGGGAAUACAAAAACAAAAAAUACUGGUACUCUUUACAUCACUAAUAAAAUUUGUACUUUCAAUUUUGAUGUACGUAACCACACUUUUUUCGUUUUUUUUCACGUUUUAAUUGAAAUCGUAGUUUUUUUUUAAAUUUUACACAUU